AUGUCUGGUAAACAGGAAUCUAUUUUAUUUUCGGACCAAAAAGAUGGUACAAAUUGUCAGAGUGAAGGCAAAAUUGUCAUUCGGAAGACAAAGUAUUCCCCAAAAAAACGUGGACCAAAGCGUAAAUUACCUUUGGGUAAUACCGAUCUUGAAAGUAACGACCCUAUGCACCAUAAAGUAAGAAUUCAAAGAAACAUAACUAUGGAGAUUCUUAUUCAAGCAUUCGACGACCCAACAAAAGAUUUAAUGAUCAAAUUACAAGAUCUGUUCAACAUGCUGGUGGGUGCUGGUUUAUAUAACUUAGAAAGCCCAACUUCAUCUAAAAAUGAAGAGGGUUCGCGAAAUAUUGAAAUGUCAAUCAAAGACAUUGUUGACACUUUCACAAAUAAGAUAAAAGAGAUUUUCACUAAAUUGUUAGCUGCUUAA